AUUGAGGGGGAUGCACAAGUGAGGCAGCAGCGGGUGGCACUCAUCAGCAUUAUGGAGCAACGAGACACAGCUCAGAGUGGAGACGUUUACAAGUUUGUGCAAGGUAAUGAACACAAAAGGACGUGAAAUAUUACAGAGACACAAGAAGAGGACGGUGCCCCGACUCAGGAUGAAAGAAAGUUCUGUCUUCAAAUGAUUCACUCUCCAAGAACGCCAAGAAAAUGUGUCAAGAGAAGACGCUGUUAUUAACAAAUGCAAGACAGACCUGAGCUCAUAUUCCAUCCCAGUCCAGCAAAAGUACUUUCAUGGUUGGAACUGCCCGUCCCAACCUACAUUACUGCCCCUGCAGACACAGACUGAUGAUCACCAUUGCCAUGGGAGCGGUGCGAGUCAACAGAUACAGCAUUGUUUCCACAGACGAAGAUGCCCUAAAGAUCUCAGCCUUGGGCCUCCAUAACGGCCACAGUCCACUGACGCAGCAGACCCUGACGGCGUCCUUCAUGCAGGCCGAGGAUGAAGGAGUGGUAAAAUAUCUAGGGGAUGAAGGACAAGGGGCUUUGUCUCCGAGACCAACGGACGACUCCACGGUCCACAACAGCUGCCGCACUUCGCCACAAUGUCGACAUGUCGACGUCGACCUGGGCACGGGUCGCCUCCGCAGUCGGUUUGUGAAGAAGAACGGGCAGUGUAAUGUGGUCUUUGAUAACAUGGAGGAUAAACAACGCAGAUACCUAGCUGAUAUUUUCACCACCUGUGUGGAUAUACGCUGGCGCUACCUGCUGCUCAUCUUCACCACCACCUUCCUUUUGUCUUGGCUGUUUUUCGGUCUGGUCUUCUGGGGAGUAGCACUAGCUCAUGGAGACUUUGACCUUCAUGCCCCCAUGCAGGAAGGAGACUCUCAGAGCAAGGCAGAAGAAGGCCAGGACAAAUGGAGGCCAUGUAUCCUGCACAUCCAGGGCUUUAUCGGGGCAUUCCUCUUUUCCAUAGAAACCCAAACUACCAUUGGAUACGGUUUUCGGUGUGUCACGGAAGAGUGCCCUGUGGCUGUGGUGACCGUGGUGGUACAGUCCAUCGUGGGCUGUAUUAUUGACUCCUUCAUGAUUGGUACCAUCAUGGCCAAGAUGGUGCGGCCCAAGAAGCGGGCUCAGACCUUGCUCUUCUCACAUCACGCUGUCAUUGCAUUACGAGACGGGAAGCUGUGCCUCAUGUGGCGCCUGGGAAACAUGCGCAAGAGCCACAUCGUGGAGGCACAUGUGCGUGCUCAGCUCAUUAAGCCCAAAGUGACUGCAGAGGGCGAGUAUCUGCCUUUGGAGCAAACAGACAUUGACGUUGGUUAUGACGACGGCCUGGACCGACUAUUUUUAGUGUCGCCGCUGGUGGUGGUCCACGAGAUCAACAAGAGCAGUCCCUUGUAUGAUCUGACCAGCAUCGACCUGCAGAAGGAAGACUUUGAGAUUGUGGUCAUCCUGGAGGGAAUGGUGGAGGCCACGGCAAUGACCACUCAGGCGCGUAGCUCCUACUUAGCCAAGGAGAUCCUGUGGGGUCACCGCUUUGAGCCGGUGGUUUUUGAGAAGGGGAGCCGCUACCACGUCGACUACUCUCGCUUCCACAAGACAUACGAAGUGCCAUCAACGCCUCAGUGCAGUGCCAGGGAGCUCAGCCAGAAGGCAGGUCGCGGGUGUCCACCCUCGUCUUCUACAUCAAGUUUCUCCAGGUCGCCAUCACCGUUUGUUCCAAGGGCGGCCGGCCACCUCCUGGGCCUUCACUCUCCGAGCGCCUUCUGCUACGAAAACGAGGUAGCGCUCUGCUGCGGGGAUGAUGACGAGGAGGAGAAAGGAGAGGCAGGAAGCAUGGAAGAGGCAAAGUUGCAAAAUGAAUUUCACUUUGGCCUCAAGGAGACAUUUGUAAAGGAGCAGAUGGUUGAGAUGCUUUGCGUGCUAGACACCGAUAACCAGAUCAGCCUAGACAAACUGCAGCCCAGUCUACCUUUAUACAUCAGUCGAGAGUCUGGAGUCUGAAGCCAGUCCUUUCUUUGUUCCAAGUUCGUUGAACUUGUGUGGAAUUAAAUAUUCAAGAAGGAAGGAGAGUUUAUGCUGCUCUGUCACAAACCCAUGUCUUGGCUUUAGCUAAGAACUGGUUCUGAUUUUAGGAAUUGUAAAUUAUUUUACGCAUCAUUGCAAUAACUACUUUUGCUUUAUCUCCAAUGACAAACGUUCACAAACCUUUGUGUUUUAUUCGCUGUAACUGAAUGAUGUACGAGAAAAUCAAACUUUUGUUCUUGAUCGCACUUUGUAAAUAUAGUAUGCUUUCAUUUCAGUCUGAUGACAACAUCAGAUACAGAUAAUGCACAUGCUAUUAGGAACAUACAGUGGUGUGAAAACGUGAUUGCCCUCUUCCUGAUUUAUUAUCAUUUUGCAUGUUUGUCACACUUAAAUGUUUCAGCUUAUCUAACAAAUUGAAAUAUUAGUCAAUGACAACACAACUGGACACAAAAUCCAGUUUUUAAAUGAAACAUUUUAUUAUUAAGGGAGAAAAAAAAUCCAAACCUUCAUGACCCUGUGUGGAAAAAGUGAUUGCCCCCAAACCAAAUAACUGGUUGGGCCUCCCUUAGCAGCAACAACUGCAAUCAAGCGUUUACGAUAACUUACAGUGAGUCUCUUACAGCGCUGUGGUGGAAUUUUGGUCCACUCAUCUUUGCAGAAUUGUUGUAAUUCAGCCACAUUGGAGGGUUUUCCAGCAUGAACCACCUUUUUAAGGUAAUGCCACAGCUUCUCAAUAGGAUUCAGGUCAGGAAUUUGAGGUCACUCCAAAGUCUUCAUUUUGUUUUUCUUCAGCCAUUCAGAGGUGAACUUGCUGGUGUGUUUUGGAUCAUUGACCUGCUAGAGAACCCAAGUUGGUUUCAGCCUGAGGUCAUAGACAGGUGGCCGGGCAUUCUCCUUCAGGAUUUUUUGGUAGACAGCAGAAUUCAUGUUUCCAUUUAUCACAGAAAGGCUUCCAGGUCCUGAAGCAGCAAAACAGCCCUAGACCAUCACACUACCACCACCAUAUCAAGAUCAAGAGAUCAAGAGAGUUUUAUUGUCAUGUGCAUAGUAAAACAGCAGUUAUACCAUGCAAUGAAAAUCUUAUUCUGUUCAUUCUCCCAAGGAAAGAAAGAAAACAAAUGAAAGAAUAAGAACAUAAGAAACAUAAACACAUAAACAUAUAUACCAAUAAAUUAAGCAACAACAACAGAAGAGACAUUAAUACAAGUAAAUAAUACAAAUAAAUAAAUAAAUAAAUAAAGUGCUAUGAGUGUGUGCGUGUGUUGCGUGCGGCGUGUGCGAGUGCUUCGUUGAGGAACCUGAUGGCCUGUGGGUAAAAGCUGUUUGUCAGCCUUGUGGUCCUGGACUUCAAACUCCUGUAGCGUCUGCCUGACGGUAGGAGUGUGAAUAAUGAGUGUUGUGGAUGUGUGCUGUCCUUGAUGAGGUUGUGUGUUCUGCGUAGGACUCUAGUUCUUUUUCUGAAAUGUGGCGUUACUUUUAUACCAGAUGUAAUGGGACACACACCUUCCAAAAAGUUCAACUUUUGUCUCGUCAGACCACAGAGUAUUUUCCCAAAGGCCUUGGGGAUCACCAAGAUGUUUUCAGGCAAAAUUGAGACGAGCCUUUAUGUUUUAAUGUUAACUUUUUCAUACAGGGCCAUGUAGGUUUGGAUUUUUUUCCUCCCUUAAUAAUAAAAAGUUUCAUUUAAAAACUGCAUUUUGUGCUCAGUUGUGUUGUCACUGACAACACAACCAUUUGUUUGAUAAUCCGGAAGAGUUAAGUGUGACAAACAUGCAAAAAAAUAAGAAAUCAGGAAGGGGGCAAACACUUUUUCACACAACUGUAUUUAAUUGUAGGGUGCUGGUCCAAAUCACAUGAUGGGUUUCUAAAGUUUCCCGUUCCUUUUUCACAUGCUAAAAAAAAUCCAUGUCAACCAUAAUCUGUCACAGUAAACCACACCAUUAUAAAAAGCGUAACAAAAAUACGAAAAUGAGAGGUAAAGUUUAGCGGACUAAGGAGGAGUAUACCAGAUUUACCUGUUGUAAAGCAAAGCUCUUCUGGCAAAACAAUCAUACAGUUCACCCAUAUUGCAUGACUUAGCUCCUGAACGGGACAAGUGAAAACAAAUAUAUAUAUAUUUUUGUGUAAACAUGAAUGGUUCUGUCCUUACUUUUGAAUUUACUUUUAACAUCAGAAAAAAGAUUAUACAGUAUCUCAUGAAAGUGAGUACGCCCUACACAUUUCAUAUUUUCUCAAGGGACAAAGUUAUAAAAAUGUAACUUUAGAGUAGUCAGUGUACAGCUUGGUAUAGCAGUAUCGAUUAGCAGUAUAUGUAUUGUCCUCUGAAAAUGAGUCAACACAAAGCCAUUAUUGUAAUAGCUCGGAGUCCACAAGUGUCAAUAUUUAGUGUGAACAAUAUUGUUUUCUAGCACUGCCUAAAUCCUCUUGGGCAUGAAUUUCACCAGAGCUGCAGUUUGUCACUGGAAUCCUUUUCCGCUCCUCAUCACUGGUGAAGCUAGUGGAUGUUAAACAUUUUGUGCUGCUCCACCUUCCUUCCCCCAUGGCAAUGGUAACGGUAAUGGUUGAACAUGCACACAAAUUACACUGGAGCACAUCACAUAAUACAAUUCCGCGUGUCCGCAUGUGAAACUCAUCUGUUUCACAUCAGCUGCAAUACAUUUGCAAUGUACAACCGACUUUGUAAUGGUAAAAAAAAUUGAUAAUAGCUGAUGAAAUAGUUGACCGAGACACAGUUUGAUGAUGAGCGAGUACAGACAAUGUACUCACCAUAAAUGAAGAGUUAGUUGUCAAUGUAUAAGACUGGUUAGACACAGCAUUGUACGUACAGUAUGUGCACAGUGGUUCAGGUGUCUUCUCCCUUGCACUUUAUAAACAUAAACUGCUUGUACUGUUUCUUGAAAUCGCUCAUAUGAGUGCAUCGUUUGAGGUUCUUAAUCAAUCCGUUCCACAACUUACCCACAUGGGUGCUCAAUUGGAUUCGGGUCUGGAGAUAUACAGUACUUGGCCACUCCUUCACCUUCCUCAGCAAGGCACCGUGCGUUUGGGCUCCUUAUGUUGGAAAACUCUCAAGGAAGGGGCUCACGGUCUGCGUCUGGAUACAGUAUCACAGUACAUGUUGGAAUUAUGUUUCCCUCAUAGAACUCCCCAGCUCCCCAGUGCCAGCAGCAUUCAUGCACCCCCACAUCAUGACACUACCACCACCAUGUGGGCUGUUGACAAGACGCAUGGUAGUCACUUGUGUUGCUAAGUAUUUAAACAACAAUGGCUGCGUGUUGAGUCAUUUACAGAUUUUCGGUGGAGAGUAUAUACUGCUAUUUUUCUCAGCCCCCCUUUUUUUUCGAAAUACAAUUGAGAACCUGUAGUACUUGAGUUUUUAUUUGCUUAUCCGUACAAACCACUAUAUGUGUUGCUGGCAACAGUAUUAUUCAAGCCUGAUUAAAUACACUUGACCUACCAACCUUGAAGAAAUGUAAUUAUUUCAUUAUACAGUAUACUGCCUUCUGCCUCUUGCGCCCCCUUCCCAGGGGGGCACGCUCGACUAUUUGAGAAUCACUGCUCUAUAGUAUAUCUAAGUUUCAUUUCUAUAGUCUUGUCCCUUGAUAAGUUAUACCGUAAUGUUUGCUGAAAUAUAUCUGUACAAUAAUAUACACAGCUCAACAAAAUAAAGGGAACACUAAAAUAACACAUCCUGGACCCGAAUGAAUGAAAUCUUCUUAUUAAAUAGUUUGAUCUUUACAUAGUUGAAUGUGCGGACAACAAAAUCACACAAAAAUGAUCAGUGGAAAAAUGUAUUAUUCUUCUUAUUAUUGGGGUGUAUUGCUGUCCACCUGCUGUCGAGUCCAUUUGCACAAUAGCAUGUGAAAUUGAUUGUCAAUCUGUGUUGCUUCCGAAGUGGACAGUUUGAUUUGACAGAAUCAAAUAUUGUUGACAGCUAAUAUUGUUGGAAAAUUGUCAUAUUACGGAACAAAUAUCCUGAAUCAAGACCCAAACAGUUCAAUAUAAACAUGUGCUGUACAGAGGAGGAAAAUGCACUUUAUUAUUACUUUUAUCAGUAGAUACAAGCACAAUUGUGUUGUUUUGUAUGAUAAAACACCAUUAAAAACAUUAUUUACUGUUA